AUGGGUCUUGCGGCCGAGUCGGACACAGAUCGAGGGUGGGGCGGGGGGGCAAAGUGCAUCGGAAAGGUCGGAGUCGUCGUCGUCAAGAACAAGAGUCCCAAGAGAGACAGAAGAGACGGACGGCUCCGGUGGAACUCGGAGCUUUAUUCACCCAGCCAGGCGGUGUGGGCCGUGCGUCGUGACCUUGUCACCUGGGGACGGGAGCAAGAUCGGCGGCGACGCAUCGUCGGUUGUGGCUAA